GUUCUACUUCGUUCGACAACGUUAUCUUGAUGCGCUAACCCCUUCCCGAUUCACCUAAAAAUGGACGCAAAAUCCCUCCUGCGAGCAAAGAAAGCCGAAGCAAAAAUAAAUCAUCCUUAUGCCACCUACAAUGUGUCUGGUGUACUUCGUUGCUCCAUUUGUGCUGUCCCAGUGAAACAAUGGGAUGCCCAUCUUCUCACAAAACAACAUCGCACUUCCGUCGCACGUGAAAAGGCAGAGAGAGAAAAAAUCGAACGAGCAAAACGUCCCCGCCCCGAAAGUGAAGUCAUAGCCGGGUCAUCUUCUAAACGUCCCAAAGUCACCCAACAACCACAGCCGCAUAGCGGAGAAGGUCCAUAUGAUGGGAACGAUGGACCAUCGGGUUUACCAGCGGGUUUCUUCUCGGCGAAGAACCGUCCUGCACCUGAACCACAAUCUGAAGCUCCCCCUUCCCCUUCAACAGCACCUGGACCAGCAAUAGCAGCCAGGACGGGGGAUGCAGAACUCGACGACUUUUUAGCUUCACUCGCCGAAGAUUCCUCAGCACCAGACCCAUCAGCACCUGCCGCACCACCUACAGCCAUAUCGCAAGCGCAAGCUAAUCGUGCCGCGAAGCGAAAGACGACGUAUAAACAAGACAUCAUACCCGGCCAGGCGAGUUACGAAGCUGCGCCAGUAAGGAUUGUACAGGCGGGUGAAGAGCAGCAGGAAGAACAGAAGGAAGAACCUGAAGAGAGUGAAGCUGAGAGAAAGGAGAGAUUGCAAAGAGAAGAGAGAGAGGAUAUCAUGGCGAGAUUAGAGGAGGAAGAGAGGGCACAAGAAGACGCGGAUUCGAGAGUCAUGGCAUUGAAGCAAAGGAUGGAGAUGUUGAGAAAGAAAAGAGAAGCGAAGGGUGGUAUAAAGGGAAAAGGAGCAGCGAAGGAUGCUUCCCUCAAUGCUUAAUGUUUAGGGCUUUUGUUCAUGGCUAAAUUCGCGCAAUUCAAUCAGAUAAGAAAUGCAAUGCAUCAAGAAAGAAACGUCCAAACAUGCAAAGUCUACAGUCUAUAUCGAGUCCUCUACAUGUCUAUUACUACCAUAUGUACACUUUUAUAUCCUUUAGGUCAUAAACUUCUUACGAUAAUCAAACGCAAUCUUCACAC